AUGAAAGUUGAUUUCGCCACCUUCGGAGAGAAAAGAAAACGAGCGAAAACGGCGCUAGUCCGCAUCGCUUUGAAGCCGACUAGUACCGUAGUCGGAGAGAAAAGAAAACGAGCGAAAACGGCGCUAGUCCGCAUCGCUUUGAAGCCGACUAGUACCGUAGUCGGAGAGAAAAGAAAACGAGCGAAAACGGCGCUAGUCCGCAUCGCUUUGAAGCCGACUAGUACCGUAGUCGGAGAGAAAAGAAAACGAGCGAAAACGGCGCUAGUCCGCAUCGCUUUGAAGCCGACUAGUACCGUAGUCGGAGAGAAAAGAAAACGAGCGAAAACGGCGCUAGUCCGCAUCGCUUUGAAGCCGACUAGUACCGUAGUCGGAGAGAAAAGAAAACGAGCGAAAACGGCGCUAGUCCGCAUCGCUUUGAAGCCGACUAGUACCGUAGUCGGAGAGAAAAGAAAACGAGCGAAAACGGCGCUAGUCCGCAUCGCUUUGAAGCCGACUAGUACCGUAGUCGGAGAGAAAAGAAAACGAGCGAAAACGGCGCUAGUCCGCAUCGCUUUGAAGCCGACUAGUACCGUAGUCGGAGAGAAAAGAAAACGAGCGAAAACGGCGCUAGUCCGCAUCGCUUUGAAGCCGACUACGGUACCGUAG